UGUAUGUGUGACGUCAUCGUCGGGUGAGAAUUUCAGGCAUCCAAUAUCUUGGCCAAUCAAAAGAACAAGUUUAUUGAUAUUUUUGCAAAUUAACAGCACAAUUCAGGUAGCCUGCUAAGAUGGCUCACUUUGUGUACCCUGCUGGCAAUCCCCAACCAACAGCAGCAUACCCUACUGUUCAGACUGCCUAUGUAGCAGCUGCACCUCAGGCUGCUUAUGCAGCAGCUGCUGCACCAAGAGCUGCAGGUGGAUAUGAAGGAUACCAGACUACACCUGCUGCACCACAGUAUGCAUAUACUACACGUACACAAGUUGCCGUUACUCCUGCAGGAACAUAUGAUCAAAAAGCAUAUUAUCAACCAGCUCAAGCAGCUGUAUCAUACAGUGGUGCUGAAACCCAUUAUCAGCCAGUUCAUGUUCAAGCAGCUGCCAAGCCAGUGUAUUCAACAAAUACAACAAAUUAUGCCACACCCAGAGUUGUAGCACAGCAAAAAGUACAGGCACCAAUCCAGGCUUCUAGUGCUGCAACCUAUGUAUAUCCAACAGCCGUUACUACUCCUCAGGUGUCAUCAUACUCAACAACUUAUGCUGGUAACACAAAUGCUACAACCACAGUAUCUUAUACAAGCAAGGCCCCACAAGGCGUGUCCAACUACACCACCAUAAAACAAACAGUACAACCAGUGGUCAUAAAAGGUUAUGAUGCUGCUUUAUACUCGGCAGCUACAUCUUAUUACCAACAGCAACAGGCUGCCAAGGUUAAAGUUGGUGUGAAAACAAAGACCAAAAUGCCACCUAAACAACCACAGCUACAUUACUGUGAUGUUUGUAAAAUUAGCUGUGCAGGACCACAGACUUACAGAGAACAUUUGGAAGGACAAAAACACAAGAAAAAGGAGGCUGCUAUGAAAAGCCAAACUGGAACUACAACUUCUUCAUCAUCAACCCCUCGUGGUCAGAAUCAGCUGAGAUGUGAGCUGUGUGAUGUAACAUGUACAGGAGCAGAUGCUUAUGCUGCUCAUAUCAGAGGAGCUAAACAUCAAAAGGUUUUGAAACUUCACACAAGACUUGGAAAGCCAAUUCCAUCAACUAAUCCGGUAGUAUUAUCAACAGCAACCUCCUCUACUGCCAAGGCAGGUAUUUCUACCACAACAAUAACAACAGGAGUGAAGCCAGGUAUAAAGCCUGUUCCUGCUGUCACAGUACCAACUGUAACAAAGAAAGUUGCAGCUACUCCUAAGAUUACAUUUGUUGGAGGAACACAAUUGAAAAUUCUUGGAAUAAAGACAGAGGAAGUAAAAGUUGAAGAACCUAUGAAUACAUCUGCUACAUCUGAAGAUGACAAAGAUGAUGGUCCAUUGAAUAUUUUGGGAGAGAAAGAUGUAGCUCCAGUAGGACAUGAAUACAUUGAGGAAGUUAAAAAUGAACAUGGAAAGACUGUGAGCUUCAACUGCAAACUAUGUGAAUGUAAAUUUAAUGAUCCUAAUGCUAAAGACAUGCACAUGAAAGGAAGACGUCACAGACUUCAGUAUAAGAAAAAAGUUGAUCCUCAUCUUCAAGUAGAAGUGAAGCCAAGUAUUAGAGCACGAAAACUUCAGGAAGAAAAGAUGAGAAGACAACAGCAGAAAGAGGAAUACUGGAGAAGGAAAGAACAAGAAGCAAGAUGGCGGGAAGAAAUGAGAAUGGAAGAAGAGAUGUAUUGGGAUGGAAGAGAUUAUUAUGACUGGCGAGGAAGACCAGGAAUGAUGCCACGUGGCCCUUUUAUGCCAGGGGCAGGUCCAAUGGGACCAAUGAGACGUCCAGACACAUCAGAUGAUCGUCAUGUGAUGGCAAAACAUUCCAGCAUUUAUCCAAAUGAGGCUGAGCUUCAAGCAGUACAGAAUAUAGUAUCGCUUUGUGAAAAAGCACUAAAAUUGGUGUCUGAUUUCUUAGCAGAAAGCUUGCCAAAGAAAGUAGAAGUGAAGAUGGAAGUCGAAAAUAAAGAAGCUGCUAAGGAUGCUAAGGAAGGAGAGAAGAAAGAAGACAAUCAGCCACCCAGAACACUGAAGGGAGUAAUGAGAGUUGGUGUCCUUGCUAAAGGACUGUUGUUACAUGGGGAUCUCAAUGUUAACUUAGUAGUCUUAUGUGCUGAGAAACCUACCAGAACAUUACUGGAAAGAGUUGCAGAUAAUUUACCAAAACAAAUUGCUGCAUGUCUAACUGAAAUGAAGUCUGAGGAAAAAUUUGAAGUGAGACGAUGUGUGGAAGAAGCAGCUAUUGUUGUUACCAGUGAUGCAGAAAUUAAAGCAUCAUGUACCAUCACUCUGACCUCUCCAGUCAUGAGGGAAACAGCAACCCCUGAAGGAGAAACUUCAGCCACACCUGUAACCACCAAAGAUCCACCAGAUGUAUUGGACAGGCAGAAAUGCCUUGAUGCCCUAGCAGCUCUACGCCAUGCUAAAUGGUUCCAGGCUAGAGCAAAUGGACUGCAAUCCUGUGUAGUGGUGAUUCGUAUCUUGCGUGACCUUUGUCAGAGAGUACCAACAUGGACACCUCUCAACGAAUGGGCAAUGGAAUUAUUGGUAGAGAAGUGUGUAGCAAGUGGAGGACCCACCAUGAGCCCUGGUGAUGCUUUAAGAAGAGUUUUUGAAUGUAUUGCAUCUGGAUUACUCCUUCCAGCUGGACCAGGAUUACAUGAUCCAUGUGAGAAAGAUCCCAUGGAUGCUGCUACAUCACUGACCAAUCAGGAGAGAGAAGAUAUUACAGCUUCUGCACAGCAUGCAUUGAGGCUGAUUGCAUUUAGACAAAUACACAAGGUUCUUGGUAUGGAUGCCUUACCAGCACCUAAAUUACGAAUGCGCAUGACUCCACGGAAAAGACGCCGCACUGACAGUGAGAAUACUGGUGCUGAUGGUGAUGUUGCAGGUGAGAAAAAAGACAAAAAAGAUGAACUGACAGAAGAGGCAAAAAAAUAAUGAAUGUGUGACAGUCUUUCUGGGGACCAUAAGCAGAUUUGUGUUUAUCUGAUCAAAGUGGAUAAUUGUAUCAUUGUUAAAUUUGGAAAUUUAAACAUUACUUAUUGUUCAGUAGAUAUUUACUCAUUUCAUUUCACUUUAUAUGAUUUUCAUAAUUCUUGUUUUAUUUUGUAAAGCCAGAUAGACAAAGAAAGGAAUCAAUAAGGUCUUUUAUUUCCAAACAAGAAUGCUGUACACGAACUAGAUAUAAUCCUGUUCCUCAUCUUACUCAGUGUCAACAUGUUGCAAAAGCUUGUUCUUGAUGAUUUUUGUAAAGUAUUCAUUUCAUUUCAUUUCUUUCAUAUUUUUUCAUGUAUUUCAUGUUUUUAAUUACUUUAAUACAUAUAGUUAUCUGUUAUUCCAUUCCUCUCGAUCAUGAGUAUAGAAAAUAUUCUUUGUAGGGUGGAAAUUGUGAUAGUUCUUUAAAAAUAUACAUAUAUGUGAGCAGGUGUUAAGAGAUAAGGUUGUUGCAUUAAAUGAAAAGCAAGAUAUUUUACCAGCAUAUUAAAAGGUGUUUAUGUGGUAGAUUGAUACUAAAAUAAUGGUUUCAAUUGAUAAGGGAGAUAUUAUGUAAGCUUAUGCUUGAGUGCUAGGUACAAGCUUUGUUUGUUUUGAAGUCGGACAUUUGAAAGCUUGAUAAUUGUAAAAUGUAUAUAGAAGGCUAUAUUAGCCAUGAGUGAAUAAAAGUGGAUACAAACAGCA